UGUAUUUAACAUAAAGGAAGUGGAUUUUAUUCCUUUUUUAUGAAUAUUGCAGUGUGAAGAUGUCAGAGCAGGAGCAGUUGCUGGAGGUUCUCAAGAAGGAGCUGCGGUCUCUGCUGAUAUCUGCCAAGAAUAGUUUGUCUCCUGCCGAGCUUGAAAAAGAUUAUCAGACCAUGAUGGGAAAGCGGCUGCCUUUGUGUGCUUUAGGUUACAGGUCUACAAUGGAGCUUGUAUCCAAUAUACCUGAUACAAUCAAAGUUCACUCGUGUGGAGAUGGCAGCAUUCUCUUGAAAGGUGUUGGUGACGAAACAACAAAAGGAAUUGAAGAGUUGGUAGCAAAAGCAAAGGUCUCCACCAAGACCAAACGUAACUUGAGAAAGACUAGAUAUGAACGGAAGCAGACUGCCCUGCCUAGAAGGUGCAAUACCAUCCCAAUUUUACCUGCUUUAGUGAAAUGUGAACUUCGAGAUCUGGUGGCAUCCUUUCCCUGUGGUGUCUUGCUGUCUGAUUUUGACAUGGCAUUUUUGAAAAAGUACGGAAGACCUUUUCAGUACACACGGUAUGGCUUUUACUCCUUGCAAGAAGUUCUUAAAGCAAUUUCGGAAGAUAUUGAGAUCCAACAAACACGCCAGGGUUCCCUCCUAUUGCUGAGAAACAGAAGCAAAGGAAGUCCUCUCACGCAAGGUAAAUCAUCCAACCAGUCCAUUCAGGCCAACCAAACCCAAUCAAAGGCGAUAACCAUGCAACCCAACCCCAACAAAUCACCUACAAAUAAACCUUUGAAUUGGGGAAGUAUGUCAGAAUCUACUUCAGACACAGAGUAUUUUGACAAAGGUCUGAAAAAGCUUGUCGAAGAUUUGAGGACGGUGCUUGUAGACAAAGGGGUUGGAGGGACCAUGGAUUCUGAAGUGAAGAAAAACAUUAAAUUUACUGUAGCACAAAGACCUGGUGGAUUACUGGCAUCCCAGCUUCCCCUGGAAUACAAGAAUAUUUUUGGAAUGGACCUUCCCUUAAAGGAACUGGGUUUCUAUAAUGUGACUGAACUUGUUGGCGCCUUAAACGACAUCUUCUAUGUGGAACGUGACUCCAUAAAUCACGACUGGCGAGUCUUUGACAACAGGCAUUCCAGUUCACUUCAAAACCAAGAGGAAUCACAGUUCAACAAAACCAAUGAAUUGCCGUGUGCAGAUUGGAAAAAGCCCAUUAUUGAAGAAAGUAUGGAGCCUGAGAAGGACAUUGAUAUUAAAACAAUUAGGUUGGAAAAGCUCAAAGAGACUUGUUCAUCAGAAUUUGAAAUUCCACCAGAUGCUGUACAGGAUGGAAUUCUCUACAAGCUACCAGAGCUGGAGGAAAACUCCUUUACAUGUGUGUUUGUUGAAAGUGUGACUUCACCCAGUCAAUUUUAUGUCCGUUCCUAUGGAGAAUGGACUGUGACGCUUGAAGAUCUGAUGAUUGAGAUAAGACGAUGCUAUUCGUUUGAGGAGGUUUCGGGACGCUAUGUGAUGCCAGAUUCAUUUAUUCAGCCAGGACAAGUGUGUUGUGUGCGGAAUCCUGAUGAUGUAUGGUGGUACCGUGUCAUUAUCCAUCAGGUGCUAGAUGAGAAACAGGUGGAGGUGUACUAUGUGGACUUUGGUGAUAUUUCUCUCGUAGAAAGAUCUGGACUGAGAUUCCUCAAAUGUUGUUAUUCAAAGCUUCCUGCCCAAGGAAUUCCCUCAACCCUUAUGUGGCUACAACCAGUUGAGGAUGAUUGGAGCACAGCUGCAAAAAGUCAGUUCCUGAGAUUUUGUGGGAAACAACCACUGGUGGCCUUGAUUUGUGGAUACGUUGAUGAUGUACUGCACCUUUUCCUUUGUGAUACGUCCACAGAUGAAGAUAUUUAUAUUAAUGAUGUUCUUACAAAAGCUGGCCAUGCUGUGCCUUGCCAUACAAACAACAUCACUAAGGGAUUUGGGCGAUUUAAUCCAACUGCCAGGUAUUUGAAAAAGUUGCCAUUAGAAAUGGAAUCUACAACAACACUACUUGAAAGCAAACCUGAACGCUCCAUAGCAGAAGGCCACAAACAUUUUGACAUCUCAGCAAGUGGGAACAAUAAACAGGAUUUUGAAUUGCAAGCAUAUGAUUUACCACAUCAGGAACCAUAUCCUGACUGCUUUGUACCGACAGUUGGAAAUUUUCCCAAAACAUUGACAACACCUGCACUGGAAUCAGCUGAGGAAGUUGAAUGCAAUGAACCUUCAAUGCCUGAUGAGACAAAGAAGAAAAAACAAUGGGAAAAAGAAAAACAACAAGACCAGAGUUCAGAUGCAAAGUUAAAGUCACAAGAUGAUUUUUACAUCUCAUUAAUUGACUCCAAGCAAUCCGCAGAACAACCCUGUGUUGAGGUUCAAAAUGUGCACGCCCAUCGAGAUAUUGCAGAUGAAUCUUUCAAGUCAGGGGAGGUUCAGCCCUGCAUAAAAACAGACACUGAGGAAGGUUUUGGUUACAUUUGUGAAAAGGAAUCCAUGCAGACUGCUACAGGAUUAUUGUUCAAUGAUGUCCAGAGGAAGUCUGCCCUGAUCUCGCCUGUGUUAUCAGGUCAGAGGGAAUUUCACUUGGCCGUCAGCUCUUCAUCUGCAGCGUUAGGUCCUUCUGCACGCAUGGCAGGAGCUCUUCACCGCUUAACAUGGCUGCCCGUAAAGAACAAAAACUUCUAAUCUUCAAUUAAUAUAAAAGAAAUUUACUACAUGAGGUGUGGAGAAAAGAGAAACGCUGUCUGCAAACCAUCAGCCUGCAGAGUGUCUUCCUAAACCUAGUUUUCUCCCCAAAGGACAUCUAUUGAACGUAAAUGACAGCAACAUAUGCUCAGUCAACAAAAAGUUUAUUUUCACCAGACAAAGAUAUCUGCAUGGAAGCCAUUGGUGGUCUUGAUUCAGUAUCACGCAGGUUCUUGAUUAUUUUUGCUUUUCUUUGCAUGAAGCGCAGUGGUCGUGGGUAUAUUAGACUCUUUCACUGGGAGUUGGCCUAAUUUUUCGUGUCCACAUUUUUGGAGUGAAUUGAUACUACCCAUUGAGCCACAGACGAUGCGUAUGUUCAUUUAUAAAGCUUUUUUUUUCUUCAAAUUCUAAGUGCUUCAGUUCCACAAAUUUGAGGUGUAACCAGAGUGGCAUGGUGGCGCAGCCCAUAGAGCUACUAUCUCACCGCUCCAGUGACCUGUGUUCAAUUGUAACUUUGAAUGCUAUCUAUGUGGACUCUGCACUUCACUGUUUGAUUUCAUGGGUUUCCUUUGGGCAUCUUCCUGUAUCCCAGACAAGCAAGUUGUUAAAUUAAUGGCCAUUGUAAAUUGUCCCUAGUAUGUUGAUGAAUGGUAGAAUCUAAGGGGAAUUAAGAGGAAUUUGAGAAUAAAAUAGAAUUAGUGUAAAUGUGUGCUUGAUGGUCAGCAUAGAUUCAGUGAGCUAAAGUGUCAUUUUCUAUGCUUAUUGCUUUGAUUACAUUAAUAGCAGCUGAAAGGUGACCAGAUUUUUCAUUUCAAUUGUUGGUUGAGAAAGGAAUUUACAAAACCUGGUAUGGGACCUUUUAUGUUUCCAGCAAUACAAUAUUGAACACAUUUCAAUAGAUGUAAAGUUCUAUGUUUUAAAGAGGAUUUGAAAAUAUAUAAAUGAAAAUAUUUCUUAAAGAGGUGAUAACAUCCUCUGAAGCUUUGGUGCUCGAGCUUUUGCCAUCAUGUGGCAAGUGUAAGUGAUAUGGACCCUUGCCACAAGCCCAUUUUUCACUGGGUUCCUUGUAUUUCAAAUUGCUGAUUCAGAUAUUCGUGAUCUGACUCAUUUUAUUCUGCAGCAUUUAAAAUCAAUAUUUUCUGAAUUGCCAGACCCACAAAAUCUAAAUGUGAAGCUGCAACUAAGCGUAAGUGGAUAUGGGAGUGAUCUGUGAUGCAGACUGAAUGCUCUCGCAUGGGCUGCAACAAAUGCAUAAUCGUCACAACCUCGACAAAUCUGGUGAUUUUAUAUGCUUUAGAAUGUUUUUCCUCUCCAAUGGUAGAAAGUAUGUAGGAUCUGUAGAGUGUUAAAGUGUAACGUGUGAUUAACAUUUUUUUGAAAGGAUAUUUCACUGCAACUUCAGCAAAAUGUAUAAAAUUGAAGACAAAAACAUUCAUUUUAUUAAUACUAUAAAUGUCUCAUUUUGUAUUGGGUUAGUCAUUCUCUGCCAGUCCACUAUCAGGAGAAUUAUGAAGAGUGACAGAGCUGAUAGACCAUUGUUGAUUGAUUUCUGCAGGAAAACCUGGCAUCAUUUGUUAAACGUUCUUGCAUGAAAAGUGUGAGGUGAUGAGCAUUGAAAGGAUAGAAAUUUGAGAGUUGUGAGGCUUGAAAUAAGAUGCAGCGAUGAUUUUAAAGCUGUAUUUCAUCAGCUAGGCUAAUUUUGUUACUCGUGACUAUCCAAUUACAUUACUAAUUUCAAUCAUUUUCUAUCAAAUGGGCAUCGUCUGGCCGCGCGGGACCGGUCCCACUGUGAAGCGCGGAGGGGUACGUAGUUAUGCGCGAUAUCGCGCGUCGCUCCAAAAUUUUGUAGCGAACGAAAUCUUCGCGCGUCAACGGCCUGUCGCGUAACUGACGGCCAAAGUGGGACAGGCCCAAGA